AUGUCGGUUCCUCGCGCGCGGUUGCUCGCCUUGAUGAAGCUCUUCUCGACCACAUACAACCCCGAGGGCAUUCGUACCGGCAACAAGAUCCUGCGGCAGCGACUAAGAGGUCCCGCGCUAGCCUCCUACUACCCCCGCAAGGUCAUGGCGUUCCGCGACUUCCAGGAUGAGUUUAGGCCGCUCGAGCUUGAGGUUGAGAACGACGACGAGCUCGACCGCCUCGAACAUGUCGCAGCGUACAUCAUCCCGUCCCAUUACACAUCAGUGUGCUAUUCUAACUGGCCACAGUCUCAAAGCUCGCGGGAAGGGGUCACCGAAGAAGGGGAAGGAUCGGGCAACCACAAGCAAACAAACACAGGUGUGUACUCAGUGGCGCCCGAGGCAAGGCCGUGGGUUCACAUUGCAGAGUAUACCAGUGCAUGUGGCAAGGUUGGUCAGGGGACCUCCUUCCCUGCAAGUCUGGGUUCACUCACCAUCGUACCAUGGAGCGCCAUCAUGGUGAAUAUCCCAAAUGGGAAACAGCAACCUGCUGGGCAUCGGUGUGCGGCCCCACUUCCGGCCCCACUUCCGGCCCGGUAUGGCCUAGGGCAGCUCCGAGUCGGACUUCACCCGGCCGGCACCUUCCUUCAUGGGCCCCGAUCAUGGCCCAAUUAG